AAACCACAACAACGACAAGAAACAAAUCGGUUGAUGUCCUCGGGGGAAACACUACCUCAAGCAUUAAACAGGUCAUCAUCAUCAUCCUCAUCAUCAUCAUCAUUUAUCACUCAUCAUCAAUAUACCACUUUUCCACUCUUUACCCAAUUAACACAACAACAACAACAACAACAACAACAACAACAACAACAACUGCAGCAACAGCAGCGGCAAAAAGAACAACAACAACAACAUUAUCUUUAUUAUCAUCACUAUCAUCCAUUUCAACAGCAAUAUCAUCAACCAUCAUCGACCAUUACCGCUAUUAAUAGCUACAACAAUAACAACAGUAGCUAUAAUAAUAGCAAUAACAACAGUACAUCACCUCAACAACGUAUCAAACUGAAACGACAACGACAACGUGUUGACGCUGGUGAACCACGUAAUCCUUAUCAG